AUAUAAAUCGCGGUUACAGUUUCUAUCUCCCCUGGGCUGUUGUUGUACAUUUGAGGAUUUGUGCGCUUGCUGAAGCUCAGCUCAGUUCACCUCAGCUCAGGCUUAGCUCAGAGCUCAGUGUGAAAGCUAUAAAAGCGCACCACAGGCGGACGGACGCCACCAGUUGAACGCGAACGGGCAUUUGGAGACAAUCGUUAUUAUUGAAUGGCAGUAAACAACAAUAGCAACCAUAAUAGUAGCAGCUGAAGAGGAAGUGCCUGCCUUGUGGAUUAACUAAAUAGUAGAGAAAUAGUGUUUGUGAAUGCUGAAAGCAAGCAUAGUGAACUACUAAGUGUGCAUACAUACACACACAUACACAUAUAUUUGGUUGUGUAUAUGGCAUGAAGAGGGUGGAAAGCGCUAAUUAAGUGGCAUAUGUACCUAUAUACAUACAUACAUACAUACAGUAAAAUAUAUUAAUACAAAUGCUGGUGCCCGAACCGAUUCUACAUACAAUUUAUGCAAUAUUAUACAAUAUUAUCUAUCGUGUGCAAAUGUCUAUGUAUGUGUACUAAUUAAUUGUGCACUAUUUAAUGGCCAAAGGACUUAAUUAAUCGUUGUCUGCGAAGAUUUGAACGAAAAGCGUAUGCGGAAAGUGUAAAAAUACACGCACACACACACAAACAAAUACGAAAUUAAAAGCGUAUUAAGUGAAAAUACAAUAAAAAUAUCGUAAAAAAUUUAAAUAAGUCUACAGUCUUUAAAAAAUAGUAAUUAAAUUAAGUUUACCGCGCUAAAGUAAAGUGUACGUCAAUAUGUCACUGGAAGUUUUGAAGGAUCACGUCCUCAUUUCGCCCAGCAGCGUUUUCUAUUUUCUGCUGCUGCCCACUUUUCUGCUAUGGCUAACUUACUGGCGUCUAUCGCGACGUCAUCUCUACAAGUUGGCCGAUCGUUUGCCGGGGCCUAAGGGAUUGCCCAUUAUUGGACACUUGUUGGACGUAUUCGGACCGGCAUCAUCGGUUUUUAAGACCGUCAUUCGCAAAAGCUCCGAAUUUGAAAAUAUCGCCAAAAUGUGGAUCGGUCCACAGCUGGUCGUUUUCAUUUACGAUCCACGUGACGUUGAAAUUUUGCUGAGCAGCCAAGUUUACAUAGACAAAUCAUCCGAAUACAAAUUCUUCAAGCCGUGGCUCGGUGAAGGAUUACUCAUUAGCACAGGUGCGAAAUGGCGCGCUCAUCGCAAGCUGAUCGCUCCCACAUUUCAUUUGAAUGUGCUGAAGAGCUUCAUUGAUCUAUUUAACGAGAACUCGCAGCUCGUGGUGCGUAAAUUGCGUGCCGAGGGUGGAAAAACAUUUGAUUGUCAUGAUUACAUGAGCGAGGCGACAGUGGAGAUCUUACUUGAGACGGCCAUGGGUGUUUCGAAGAAAACCCAGGACAAAUCCGGCUAUGAGUAUGCUUUGGCCGUUAUGAAAAUGUGCGAUAUACUACAUUUGCGCUCUCGCAGUAUUCUGCUACGAAAUGAAUUCAUCUUCACACUCUCCAGAUAUUAUCACGAGCAAGGCAAAUUGCUGAAUAUCAUACACGGACUCACGACGAAAGUAAUCAAACACAAGAAGGCCGCAUUUGCUAACGGUACACGCGGUUCGCUGGCCCAACAAGAAGCAACAGCUAAGAAAAACACCACCACCCACACCAAAAGCAGCAACAAAAGAAGAAGACCUAAAAACACAAAAGAAACAUCCGUAGAAGGUCUGUCGUUCGGUCAAGCGGAGGGUUUAAAAGAUGAUCUGGAUGUCGAAGAGAAUGAUGUGGGCGAGAAAAAACGUUUGGCCUUCCUCGAUCUGUUGUUGGAGAGCGCACAAAAUGGUGCUUUACUCAACGAUACCGAGAUCAAAGAACAGGUCGAUACGAUUAUGUUUGAGGGACACGAUACCACCGCAGCAGGUUCAUCUUUCUUUCUUUCGUUGAUGGGCAUACAUCAGGGUAUACAGGAUCGCGUAAUUGCCGAGUUGGACGAAAUAUUCGGUGACUCAGAUAGGCCGGCCACAUUUCAGGACACCUUAGAAAUGAAAUAUAUGGAACGUUGUCUUAUGGAGACGUUACGCAUGUAUCCGCCGGUGCCGUUGAUAGCACGUGAACUACGGGAAGACUUAAAACUGGCAUCCGGACCAUAUGUUAUACCACGUGGUGCCACCGUUACAGUGGCUACAGUCAAAUUGCAUCGCAAUCCAAAGGUCUAUGAGAAUCCAAAUAUAUUUAAUCCCGAUAACUUUUUGCCCGAACGUCAAGCCAAUAGACAUUACUAUGCCUUUGUGCCGUUCUCAGCGGGACCGCGGAGUUGUGUUGGCCGUAAAUACGCCAUGCUUAAGCUGAAAAUACUCCUAUCGACCAUUCUGCGAAACUAUCGCGUCUAUUCGGAUUUGACUGAGGCCGACUUUAAACUACAAGCCGAUAUCAUAUUGAAACGUGAAGAGGGCUUUCGUGUACGCUUGCAGCCGAGACAGCCCAAACCGAAGUCAAUAUAAAAGACUCAACCGUCUAAUAAUUUUAUAAUUCUACUAGGUUUUGGAUUUACAAUACAUUCAAAUAUAUAUACAUAUAUUUUUCACAUACUUGAGGUUAAAUGUUCUUUUUUGUGAAAAUAAAUAAAAUCGCAUUUAUUUAGACAGGAAGAGAUACACGUCCUUUGAAAUAUGGCAUACUGUUUUAACCCAAGUAAUAAAUGUUUGUGUCAAUAAAUUACCAAAUAUCACUUUAA